GUGCCGUUGACGUUGAAUGUGAAUGCUGCGCGCGCCGUUCGCAUGCCGUUUGCGCGUUGAAUCUCCUACCGCCAUCUCCCUACACUUAUUAUUAUCCUGCCAUCGUCCGCAAUCCCAUACAAGUCCCAGCGCACACGCGCCUCGGAUACCCGCAUCUUGCGACGGCAUUAUCGCCGCCUCAACCCACUGCGUAUCGAGCCCUUAUCGCCACAGAGGUCGUGUCGCAAAGCUGCAGCGAAACCAGCUACCGCGAGACUCGUAAUAAAAUGCGGUGGUCAUGAGCCUCUUUACUGCUCCAGAGCAACUCACAAUGCGCCGGCGCUCCCGCUACUCCGCGCGCCCAUUUGCGCUCACGAUAUUGGCUGUCUCGGUCUUGGUGCUGCUGGCAUGGGCCAAGAGUGGGCAGGAGGACAGUGCGAGGACAGAGUUCGGGCCCAGCGCUGGUUUUGUAAGAAGAGAUAUUGCAGUUCGAGAUCAAGAAUGUCGCCUGGUGCAUCAUGCAAAGGACAAGUGCGCAUUUGUCCGAGAGAACUGCCCAGACGAAGAGGCGGGCAUCUUCUCGUACCUCACGCUGUACUACUGCCGCCUCCCGCAUGCGAAACCUGUCGCAUUCACUAUUCUCGUACUAUGGCUUGCGCUCCUUUUCAGCACUAUUGGUAUCGCCGCGAGCGAUUUCUUUUGCGUCAAUCUGAGCACCAUCGCCAAUCUCCUGGGCAUGAGCGAGAGCAUGGCCGGAGUCACCUUCCUGGCGUUCGGUAACGGAAGUCCGGAUGUCUUCUCCACAUUCGCCGCCUUCAAUACCAAUUCCGCAAGUCUCGCAAUCGGCGAAUUGAUAGGAGCGGCAGGAUUCAUUACUGCAGUCGUGGCAGGCUCGAUGGCCCUAGUGCGGCCGUUCAAAGUUGCGAGACGAAGCUUUGUCCGAGACGUGAGCUUCUUCAUCGUUGCCGCGACCUUCAGUAUGGUCUUCAUAUGGGAUGGGAAGUUGACCCUGUGGGAGUCAUGCGUUAUGGUCGGGUUUUAUGUAUUCUACGUGUGCUUCGUCAUGGUAUGGCAUUGGUGGCUAGGGCGUCGGAAAGCUCGAAAGCUUAGAGCUGCCGCGAUGCGGAGUCACUUUGUUGUGCCCGGUGGUGAAGAGGAAGAGAUCCCUCAGGAGUACCACGACGAAGACGACGCCCCGGCAAGCGCAGGCCGACCAAGCUUACACCGAGGUGUGUCUGCUGAUGACUUUGCGGCCCUUGAACGUGGUGAUGAUUCCAGUGACUCUCUGGAGGCAGACGAAAAUGAAGAGAUGCGCGAAAGAUGGUUAGGGGAACUGAACGACAAUAUGCGUGUCAGCAGACCACAAGUCGGACGCAGGAGAAACACCCAUACGCCUAUCAGACCCAGUUUGGUUGGCGCACUCGAGUUUCGCGCGGUGCUGUCAUCGCUACAAAAAUCUAGGAACAUACAGACGAUCCCGCUUAAUCUGCGGCGGUAUUCUGACGACCCAACAUAUACCACUGCACAGCAGCAGGACCUCAUCUCCGGACCCUCCGAUCCUGCGCAGCGGCCCCCAUACGACGUGGAGCAAGGUCCUACUGAACAAACUCCCGUAGUCACUCGACCUACCCUAGAGAUACAGAGAAAUUUACCCAACCGUAUGAGGGCCGUGUCUGCUAAUGAUGUAGGCAAUGCCCGUUUAGAUCCUGACACACUUCGUCCUUGGGCGGUGCCCACCAUCCAUUUUGGACCGGCUUCGGUGGACAAUACCUUUAUUGAACAGAACGCCGCAGAUCUCCAACCACCGCCAUCGCCGGUUAUAUCGCUCUCACCACCAGCGUCCGAGUACGACUCGUCAGCAACAAGUGCUCAAGUUCCUACGCUAAUCCCGAACCCGACACCUAAUUUGCUAGCACCGCCAAUCUGGGACGGCUCCGGAUCGACAGCGCGUUCGACAAAUACUACUCCGAGCCCAUUAUCAUCACCUAUUUUAGAGUCCACGGUGCCAUCACGCCCACAGCCCAAACUUGUUCUGUCAGGUCCUGUCUCACCUCCGAUCCCGUUUCCAGCAUAUACCGAGUAUCCAGGCUCAGCUCAUAGUUCCAGGGCUCCGAGCCUCCGUCUGCCCCCUCCGAGUGUGUCUGCUGCCUCUCUGUCAUCGGACUAUUUCGCGGAUCACAUAAUGGAAGGCAGCGAUCGAGCUAAAGUGCCUUGGUGGUGGCCAUCUACUAUACUGCCGCCACCGAUCGUUCUUCUGUCGACUUUGUUUCCUACCCUAUGGAAUUGGAGGGACAAAAACGUAUGGGACAAAAUGCUUGGCGUGGUUGCAGCACCAAGCGUCUUCCUACUCACGAUAACUUUGCCUGUAGUAGAGCAAGAGCAAAGAGACGAUGCUGGGGGCUCAGAUCCAAUAACGGUGUCCAGUCUCAGUCUGCCCGAUGCUCUUCUGACGCCCACACACCACCGCAGCAUGGUCUCGGGACCGGACGUCGAGAACCCCUCAAACGAAAACCCUCGCAGAGAUCACAGCGCGAUUUCACUCGGUAAAUCUGAUCUUCGGGGCAGAAAUGGGAGUGCUGGCACAACCCGCCAGCCACAACAAAUUAUUGCCACGGCCGAGAGUGGAAUCAUGCAGUCACCCGAGCAGCUCCCAUCAGCAUCACCCUCAUCUGGCCCGAAGACGUGGAACCGAUGGCUCGUGAUUGUCCAGACCUUCACAGCGCCAUUUUUCAUCAUUCUCAUAGUGUGGGCGAAUACGGAGCUCGAGUACCCGCGUGCGCUCAUUCGCCCGACCCUGUGGUCUCUUCUCGUGUCACUCUGCACGUUGGCUUUUCUCUUAGCCACGACGACACCGACACGUCCACCGCAAUGGCGUUCAGCGCUUUGCUUUCUAGGCUUCGCCGUGAGCAUAGCGUGGAUCAGUUCCAUCGCCAACGAAGUGGUAGGGGUGCUCAAGACGCUGGGUGUCAUACUGAACAUGAGCGAUGCUAUUCUGGGAUUGACCAUUUUCGCGGUCGGGAACUCUCUAGGGGACUUUGUCGCUGACAUCACGGUGGCGCGGCUUGGGUUUCCAGUCAUGGCUCUCUCGGCGUGCUUCGGGGGCCCGAUGCUGAACAUUCUUCUCGGUAUCGGUCUGAGCGGGUGCUGGAUCAUCCUCAAAGGCGGGCGACACCACCACGAAAAGCAUCCAGACAGGCCUAUGAAGUUCAAGCCUGGUCACCCUGGUCGGGCUUCUGGUUGUGGUACCAUGGAGACGGUGGAAGAUGGACAAGACAAUUGGCUGGGGACUGGUGGCGCUGUGGUGCAUCAGCACAGUUGUCAACGUGGUCGUCGAGGUGUUGGGCGUCAGUAGCAGUGUACGUUGAGACGAGACCCUGACACUGUUUCAUACGCGGACGGCUUGGGGUCGAUCACAACGCUUGUCUGGAUAGCUUGAAUACAGCCCCGUUUUCAGUUCAGUGAGGCAGACGUUGAGCCGGUGAG